UUGUACACCGCAAUACUAUCAAGGGUGUGGUCUACCCUUAAAGGAGUUGAUGAGAUAACAAAUUUGAUAAUUGAUGAAUUCGUGGAAUAUUCUGUGCGUAACGGCAUCAGUUCGCCUUCGUCCGAAAUAAUUGCAAACACGAUUGUAACACUUUCUUCUGUAAAUUUUCGCGGUAAAAUCAUUGCAAGGCUUCGUAAGGUUAUUGCACUAACUUCAUCGAACCCAACAAGAACUCUCACAGAAAAUAUAGCGUGGCCGGAAAUUGCAGUCUUAAUAAGAUUCAAUCUUAUGCUCUCGUUUAACAACCGAGUGCAUAUCCAACUUUACCUGCCUGAAUUAUUCCAUAUAAUAACAACACUCAUUGCAACUGGUCCACCAUUUAUCAGAGCUUCAGUUCAUGGGUUAAUAGUGAAUUUGAUUCAAAGUCUUUGUACUGCACAACCCCUUGACCCAUCAAAUUUGAACCG